UCCCAACCUCUGCCUCUACGGCCUUAUUGCUAUAAAUACAAAUCCAAUUCCUCUCUCCCAUCAACCAACCAUAUUCACAUCUCUCCAUCGUUCCCUCCUCCUCUCCUCUUCUUCUCACACAAAUGGCGUCAAAGGGCAACCUUCUUGGAACGGAGAAACCCCAUCUGGAUAUCUCUGCGUUCGAUGAUGACAAUAAGUUCUUCCAAAAAUACAAGCAGCUCAAUGGUGAUAUUUUUGCAGAGAAGCAACAUUUGGCAAUGCCAGAUGAGUUGGCUGCAAAAUGCAAUUUUGAAUGUAUUGCCGGCGCAGCUCAGGCUACCAUAGAGGCUGCAAAGCGAGUGCUUCCAAUUCCUGGUUCGGUUAGCUUAAUGGGCUACGUUAGGGAAGACAGAUCCGGGAAAGAACAUGAAAAAAAUACUAUUGCAACAUGUGUAAAUGAUGAGCCCUCGAAUCUGAUAUCUUGGAAAUCUUCUUAUUGUUUCAAACCAAUAUGCUACUCAUUCAGGCAUAUUGGUUAUGAUGAUGAAACUACAGUAAUAGGCAUUUGCAAAGUCGAUAUUUUUGAUAAUGAGGGGUCCUUCGUUGCAAACUUGCCAGCAGAGAACAACCACAAAACAAAUCUGCAAAGAAAACCAAAAAUCUGGGAAAAUGGACUCACUGAUGCCUUCUUGGGAUCAAGCCAUCAGAGGGCUCUGCAGCAGCUCCCCUCAAAAACUGACCUGCAUGAAAAAGACAAUGAAUCAAUGAAGAGGUUUCUGAGCGGAAGAGGAAGCAGCUUCCAUGGAAGCCAUGCUGUUUCAGAAUCACUUAAAGGAGGAGCUCAUGACUUAAGCCCCUGUUCAUCAUCUCCUAAUGAGGUUUCGUCGAAGAAGCCCUUUUCCCAUCAAAUCAUAGCUGUUGGAGUUACCACUGCCGUCCUGUUUUUCCCAAUUGCAGCUUUCCCAAUUUCAGCCAAGUUCAGCAAAACUCUUUGCACAUGA